AUGGACAUGAUGAUGAUGAUGAUGAUGAUGGAUGAAGAUAUGAAGAAAUCAAACAUAUCCUUCAUGGAUGAAAGAGACUUGAUUAAGGAUGAAUGCCGGAACCACAAUAGCAGCCUUGUAACCAUAGAAACUCGAGCAGAAAAUUAUUGGUUGAAGAAGAACCAGUUUGUACAAGAUAAUCCUUUCAUUGGAGCAUAUACUGAUGAUACACGGACCGUCUGGAGAUGGGUGUCGGACGACUCUAUAGUUAGAUAUUCGGACUGGGAACCGGGUGAACCAAAUGAUUUCCGUGGUAGAGAAGAUUGUGUUCAAUUCAAGAACAACGAAUGGAAUGACAUACAUUGUACAGACAUGUCCGAAUUUAUUUGUGAACAAAAAGAUUUCCAACUAGGUCAUCGUACUGACUGGAUUAAUCAUCACUUUGAUUACCAUUUCUCAUCAUGGAAGGAAACCUCACAAGAUAGAUGGCGAACAAUAAAAUUAGGGUAUUUCAAUAUUGUUACCCGAUAUUACCUGACAUGGCAAGAAAUUGAGAAUACCAAAACAAUGGCAUGUAAAAGUGUACAUAGAAAAGACUGUCAAAUUAAAUCAUGCAGCGAUAAUAUGUAAUACAAGCAUGUCACAUUUU